AUGUUUUUCUCCGCGCUGUUGAUUCUUGCCAGUUGGGGUUUGUUCGGUUCUGUUUCGGGAUCUCCCGCCGUGGAGGCAGCGUACGCGGCUGUGCUCAGCGUCGUGUCUCCUGGACAGCAGUAUCUGACCGGGGAGUCCCUCGGCACCGUCUUUAAUACACUAGAGAACCGUGUGCAAUGCGGUGAAGUGUCGUGUGAAAAGUGUAAUCUAACAGAUGCUGUUCACCAGCUGAUCAGCAAUCACUCCCUACACGGGGAGGAUGACACUGGAAAAGGCAGAACAUAUGUAACCAUCAGUGUGUCUCAGUUCACUGAUCUCGCUGCCGGAUGCGUCCUGUACCUCUCAUCUCCUGACCUGGUUUGCACCGCAGUGAGGGAGGGGAGAUGGGGACAGGAGGCUGAACACUUCCUACAUGAACUCACACAUCAGGAUCAGCAGCCCCACCAGCACCAUGAACACGAGCACAUAGACGUUCAUGCGUUAAAGGUGCUGCUUCAGGAGCUUCACCACCACUAUGAGCCCUCGGACAAAGAGAGCUGUGUAACAGCCAGUGAAAUCAUGACAGAAGUCAACGCAUCACCAGACCAGGGACAGGAAGUGGGUGCAGUUUUGGGCCGCGUCCUGUUUCACGCCUUGCAAGGUCACUGCGUCAUUAGCCGGUCCCUGCCUGAGGAGAGCUUCUUCCUGGACUACAUCAUGGAGCGUCUGGGGUCAGAGAACUUCACUGUCGGGGAUUUGGAAGCUCUCAUGAAGAGUCUGAACAUCGGAAAUCAACAUGAACACGGACACCAUGAGGACGGUCACGCUGAUCACGACCAUAGUGGUUUAAGACGCAGGAGGAAGAGCAGCUAUCAUCUUCACGAGGGCCAUGAAGGAAACACCACCUGGAAUGAGUUGUGUCUCUCAGCUGAAGAGCUGGUCCUGAUCUACGGCCGGGCAGACAACAGCUCUGCCUCCUCCGGCCUGGGUCGGACCGACUUGGUUCGGCUCAGCCCUGCACUCGUUCAGCAGAUCCUGAGCGGAGCGUGUGCAGACCUCCCAGAACCACUGACACCAGACGGACUCACAAAGACUGAGAGAUACCUGUAUGCAACCAUUGCCAAUUUGGUGAUAACACUGACGUCCAUGUUUGGCAUCGUGGUGCUGCUGUGUACCGCCUGCACCAGCGUGUACCAGCUGUGUAUCCAGUUUUGCAUCAGCCUGGCUGUGGGUUCACUGACGGGAGAUGCCUUGCUGCACCUGCUACCCAUGUUUCUAGGUUUACAUGUGCACUCAGGCAGCCAGAAGCACUCACAUGACGGUCAACAGGAAGAAACUCCAGAGUACAUUUACAAGAUGUUGGUAGUGAUUUGUGGGAUCUACUACUUCUAUCUGAUGGAAACAAUCUUCUCUCUGGUCAUAUAUAAAGACAAUCAUCACCAUCAUCAACAUCAUCACGGGGAAGAAUCAGAGCCUCACCACUGUGAUCAUGGGAGGGUUUUAGAGAUGUAUCAACAAGAAUGGAAACAAAAGGACAAGUCACAGUCAGCAUUAAAACUAGACCUGGAUGGCUUUGAAGACAAUGAGAAAUCACUUUCAGCGCCGAAAGAGCGCACCAGAGAACAGCGUCUGCUGCCUUAUAUGAUAACUAUCGGUGACUCGAUCCACAACUUUGCAGACGGCUUAGCGAUGGGCGCAGCUUUCUCCCUGUCAUGGAAGUCUGGUCUGGCCACAUCCCUAGCUGUACUCUGCCAUGAACUACCACAUGAACUAGGUGAUUUUGCCAUUUUGCUCCACAGCGGUGUGUCCAUCCGCAAGGCGUUGCUUUUAAACGUUGGCAGUGCCAUGACCUCGUUCAUCGGCUUGUACAUCGCUCUGUCUGUAGCCACUGACCUCGCCACCAAACAGUGGAUAGCUGCCGUCAGUGCAGGACUCUUCCUGUAUGUGGGGCUGGCUGACAUGCUCCCCACCAUGGUGCACAUCAGCAACAAGAGACCCUGGCUGAUGUUUCUGCUGCAGAACCUCGGCCUUCUGACCGGGUGGGGGGUUCUCUUGUUGCUGUCACUUUAUGAAGAGAGAAUCAGCUUUUAA